UGAAUGCUACACCAAACGUACCGCGUUUUGUUGCUAGGUAACGGUAACAACUCUAGUGCUUGUAAUUUCUGUAAACAUUCAUAAUUUUUUGAUCGAUAUUGUAUUUAUUGUGCAAGAAAAAUGUCCCUUCCAGGGUCGGAUGAAGGCGAGGAAGAACAAGGUACCUAUCUGGGAGAGUAUGAUGGCGAAAGAAAUGAGAGAGAAGAGAGACAUGGAAUGGGUAAAGCUAUUCUACCGAACCUAGAUAGCUACACAGGGAUGUAUGAAGAUGGUAGGCGCCAUGGCACAGGAGUUUACAGGUUCAAGAAUGAGGCUCGAUAUACUGGAGAAUAUCAGUAUAACAAGAAACAUGGUGAGGGCACAUUUAUAUAUCCUGAUGGCUCUAAAUACGAAGGUCAAUGGGUGAAGGACCAGAGGUGUGGCUCCGGUACCUACUACUAUGUCAAUGGUGACAUCUAUACAGGAGAAUGGGAGGACCAUUUACGACAUGGUCAAGGCUCAUAUACAUACGCUGACACCAAAUCUCAGUACAUUGGUAGCUGGGCUAACGGACGAAUGAACGGCUUUGGAGAGUUGAUCCAUGCUAACCACAAAUAUGUUGGUAUGUUCAAAGAUGAUAGGCCAGAUGGUAUUGGCAAGUAUGUGUUCGAUAUAGGCUGUGAACAACAGGGUACCUACGUGCAAGUAAGAAAGGAUCAAGAUGUAAGUGUCUUUGAAGAAGAAGAAAUAGCUCAGGUGACAAUCCCAGUUUGGAUAGCUGGAGCGACCACAGGUUUACAUUUGAAACCAUCUGAUGAUGAAUUACCAAUAGAAACUAUUGAAGAAGAAUCUGCUAAAGAGCCAGAAGUACAAGAAGAAGAAGAGAAAGAAGCAGAGCCUGAGAAAACAGAAGAAAGCAGUGACAAUACUGAUAUUGAAGCUGAAACUAUUCUCAUUGGACAAGGUGAUGUUCCACAACCCAGUCUUGAAGAUAACGAUGCCGAAGACGAGGAUGAAGUUGAUAAUCCACAACAAGAAGACUAGAGACAUUUAUAAAAAAAAACCCUAUAUUUCUUUUAUUUCUUAACCCUUUAGCAUUCAGAUUAUUCUGUCAGAUGUAAUGGAUAUUUUCUCAUAUUGUUUUGAAUUAAACAUGGAUUAUCUCAUAGCUUUCAUAUUUUGAUGAUGUAAUUGUUUAUUUUUAGGAUGACUUUGUAGGGUAUGCAUGAGAGGCCAGAGCUGGUCAGUUUGAACAUAAAACAUGUAGAUUAUUUGGGCCAGAUAUUGCUGGUUUAAAUGCUAAAGGGUUAAUUAUCAUCAUUUUUAUUUUGUCAAUUUUAACUUUUAAAUCUUUGAAUAAAUAAUUUUUCACCUAAAGAAA